UUGAAGAUCCCCCCUCUCAAGACUCUAACUCUCAAGUCACGGCCCUUGACAACUCACGCCAUCACCUUCUCCUGUGACGCCGAGCUCGCCGUGGCCGCAGACGACUCCGUCCACGUCUUCCUCCCCGAGUUCCCGGCCCUAGAGGAACAGAACUCGUCAAAACCCACCCCACCAACCGACGGCGUCGACCCUCCCGCCGCCGCCGCCGCCCAGGAUGCCGUGCAAACGACGACCACGCCAGGCGCGCCCCCGGCCCAGGACGAUAACGCCUCCCGCCAGCAGUACUACACCUACAUCCUCCGAAUCCCCACCUCCCGCAAGCCCGACCCGCGCAUGAACGCCUCCCUCUUCACGGCCCAGGGCCUCGCGCCGCCCUCCUACGACGACCUCGACGGCGAGUACGCCGAGGACGCGGCCUCCGCCUUCGAGGGCGUCGGCUCCGGCGUCGUCACCGGCUACGGCGCCUCGCUGAACCAGGUCGUCGCCGUCGCCUGGUCCCCCGCCGGCGUCGGCCGCAACCUGCGCCCCGUCCUCUCCGUCAUGCUGACCAACGGCGCGCUGCUCGUCAUCGGCGAGGGCAACGCCGGGUCCGUCGAUCUCGGGGCCCGUAUGAGAGGCUUCCGGGACUGGAGGAUCCUGUGGGGCGUCGGGGCCAACAUCCCGCUGCCCGACGCUGGGAGCGAGGACGCGGCCUACCUGCCUAGGGACAAGGUCCGCUCGUUUGCGUGGGCGGAGAAGGUCGAGACGGGUCAGGCUUUGUUGGCGUAUGCGACGGACGAGGAGGAGGUUGUGGUGCUGAGCGUGCAGUACUACCUAUCUGACGAAAACAAUGAGGAUGAGGGUUCGUACGCGUGGCGGGUGGAGGAGGUCGCCAGGCUUUCCGGACGGGGACCGCAUCCAACCCCUAGCAAGACGGACCCGGAUUACAGCCCGUACACCUCCGCCUUCUCCCUCAAAUUCUCUCCCUGGCUGCUGUCAGAGGACUCCAGGACGGCCGUGAUAUCCUACUGCGCGCGCAACUACGUCGGCUUCCGCCGCAUCACGAUUCCGCGCGCCUGGGACCGCGGGGCCAGCAUCGAAGCCAGCGUCGAGGAGGCCGAUAUCACGGGCAUAUGCACCCACCUCGCCUCAGACGCCUUCGUCGAGUGGGAGAACGUCGUCUGGGACCGCGACGGCGCCAAGGUCUGCCGAGGCGUCAUCGCGAGCCCGUUCAGAGCCAUGCCGUUCCAGGUCGCGCUGAACGGGGCCGAGGGAGCCGCGAAAGAGGAGCACGGCACAGAUGUCUGCGGGACGACGUACCCCGAGGACACGACCUCCUUGGACGCCACGAAUCCCAUAUCAAGCCUGGUGAUCCAUCCCCCCGACAUGACGAAGCGCUCCAAAGCCCCCUCAUACUCCCUCGUCCGCCUCUCCGCCACCGGCAGCAACGACAACUGGUUCCAGCAGAACGCCAUCGACACCUACUUCGACACCCUCCCCAAGUGGGCCGAGACCAUCUCCUCGACCGUCAAGCUGUCCGUGCCCGCGUCGAUGCUCGGGCGCGGCGGCGCGGGCGGGACGGCCCCCGGCGCCGACGCCGAGUCCGCCGCCUCGGACGACGACGACGAUUCCGACGACGACGACGACGACUUCGACCUGCCCGAGGACGCGGGCGAGCAGAUCCGGCCGUACAGGGUGCGCGUGUGGGGCCUGACGACGUCGACCGUCGGCGGGGUCAGCGCGGUGCUCGUCUCGCAGCAUAGCACGCAGCAGCCGGAGAAGACGGUCAAGACGAGGGUCAUGUUCGGCGGCAAGGCUGCGCUUCUCGCUGCUUCUGCUGCUGCUGGGGAAGACGAGAUGGAUGUUGACGGGAGGGGAGAGGAGCCCGGGCCGUUCUGGGCGAGGCAGAGUACCGAGGCCAAGAUGUGGGAUUGGAUGUACGGCGGUGGACCUCCCGUCCCUGGAACAGUCGGUUUCGAGGGGGACGCGACGGCGAGCGCGGGCGACGUUUCGCUGAAGGAGAGGCUGAGCGUCGUUAGGAGUAAGCAGAGAUGCGUGUUUUGUCAGACGGAGCUCAAAGAUCGGGGCAAGGAGUCUGUGUGCGAGAGGAGGCACGUCUUUGCUACGUGCGCGGCGACGGGGCUGGCUAUAUUGGCGCCUGGGAUCUCGAGGGCGUGUGCUGUCUGUGGACUGCGGUGUUUGAUUGCGAAGGAGGUGGAGAAGAUUGUGCGGGAGCAGCUUGGUCCCGAGGCCAAGGUCGAGACGGAGGAGGAGGUUUGUGGUGGGUGCGGAGGGAAGUUUGUUGUGUGA